AAUUAAAGCAACAACUUAUACGCAAAUACAAAGAUAUACAAUUUUAAGUUUAAAAAUCAUAAAUCCUAAAUACUAACUUUAAGUUAUUUCCCUUAAACUAUGGUUCUGCGUAUAUUGAUGCGUUAUUUGGCGAAUAAUGAACAGCUAAUAAAUCGUAUGGCCGAAAGUUAUCCUAUGCGUAGAGCUGCACAAAUUGUUGUAUCUAUAAUGUAUCGUGCUAAACAUGUGGCCGAGGAUAAGGGCUUACAUGAAAUGACACCGGAACGUUUUAAGUCAUUUAUGAAUGUUUUUAAAAGUAAUAUUAAACAAGAAAUCGAGGGAGUUAAGGAGGAGUUAAAGAAAAAGAAAUUUUAGUUUAUUUUUUGUAGUUUGUAGUGUUAUUUGCAAGAGAAAUUAUGAAAUGUAAAGACUUUAGAAAUAAAUAAUAAAUCUAUUUAUUUUAAGUAAAAUGUGAAA